GGCAACCGUUUCAGUCGAACGUUGACGUUCGCGGUGCAAGCAACGGAGCUCUUAGCCAAAGUGGCAUAGGCCCAAAACCAAAUUCCAGCUCUUUAGUCACUGUGUGUGAGUACGUGUGUUUUUUGUGGGGUUUUGGUUUUAGAACAACCAAGACACGAUUUGCGUACGCAUUAGUGAGACGCAUUUGUGCUGUGCUUUAUGGGAUGUGAACAAGCAAACGAUACUGCUGGUGGAGUCGAACGUUUGUAAUAGAAGCACUCCGAGAACUCCGGGAGUGUGGAAAGAAAAGAAGGAGCGUGCGUGUGCUCAAGUGCGCGGUGGUGAUUCUCAGACGUUAAGUGGCUUUAUAAGCGAGUGGCGUACGGAUAAAUUAGAACAAACAUUUCCCCAUUUCACAAGUGCUAGAACACCAGCUCAGCGUCAUCCUCAACGGUCUUAUCAACGGGAUCAAACAAGCACAUCAACGUGCUCAACUCGAGUCAGCAGUUGCAGCGAACGCUAAGAAAGCCGACUCGAAAAAAGAACCGUAAAAAAAAACAACAAAACCAGCAAGAUGAUGUUCCGACCGUUGCUGCUGGUGGGAGUGUUGCUGACGGUGGUCAUCGUGGUGACGGCGAAGGAGGGCGCUACGGCCGACCGGAAGCUGAACAUUGAUCCAGCGCUGCGCAAAGCACUGCUGCGUGCCUUACGCCACCUGAAGGAACGUCAGGAGGAGGAAAAGCAGGAACAGCUGCUGGGCGAUGCGAACACGACGGAGGAAAACUUUGCGACCACCAUCUUGGACGAGCUGCUCGAGGAGAGUACGGUGUCGGAGAGUGAGGCACGGGCCCGCGACACCGCCGCAGUGGACUACCACACGUACGUGGCUAACGCGCAGGAAGAUGAUCGUGACACGAUCGAGGGUGAGGUGGAACAGCGGGAUACGGGUGCGGUAACGGUUGGGUCGUCGGAUGCGAACGAAAUCAUCAAGACGAUUAUUAUCGCAAAGCCGAAACCGGCGCUAAUCGUACCGAAGCUGGAGUCCGAGAACGAAAUCGUACCUCAGGUGGACCAGAGUACGACCAGUACGACGGAGGCGCCACUACCGGUCACUGUCAGCACUACGCAGCAAGCUCCCAUUUCAACGACAGCUGUCCCGGUACCAACCACACCGGCACCCACUCACAACGAGGACGGCGAGAACAUUGAGCAGGUAAAGUCGGAAGAUGUCAAGAUAUUCCAGGCACCGCUCGUAGCCGCGUUCACCGUGCAGCAAGAUCAGCUCGGCGUCCCACGCAACGUCAUCCCGCUGCUCCAAACACCUCCCAAGCAGAAGACCCCGGGCGCAUCGGACUUUAAGCCUUCACCUGUCAUCCUACCGGUCGGAGCGGGCUCUUCUGCAGCCGCCACACCAGUGGCCGCUGUGCCGCUUCUCCAAAUUCAGGCUGUCCCAUCAACACAACCACUGCUCGCACCACUAGCGCCACCAUCCGCCAUCAGCCUCAGCACCCGAGCUCUCGAGGAAAAGACGCGUCUACUCGAACAGCAGCUAAUAGCGCUCCAGAACCAACAGCGCGCCCAGGAGCAACUGUUGCGUGCAAAGAUCCAGCAAGAGCAAGCCAUCAUUCAGCAGCAACAGCAACAGCUGCAGCAGCAGAAGCAACGUCUCGAAGAGGAAACACGCCUCCGCAUUCAGCGAUUCGAGCAGGAACAGCGUCUCUUCCGACAGCAGCAACAGCAGUUCCAGCAGCAGCAACAGUUCCAGCAGCAACCACCCUCCGCGAUACAGUUGCCUCCGUUCAAGCCACAGCCACUGCCACUGCAGCAACAGCAGCAAGCCCCACAGCCAACCUUCGUGCAGGAGUUGCCCCGACCCGGACCGGCGGUACAGUUCAUCCCGAGCGUUAGUCUACCGGGCGGCAAACCCAUCCCGAUCUCGGUGGAGCAGCAGCUUCCCUUCAAGGAAGCCGUCGACUUCCAGCCGCAACAGCCGCCACAGCAACAGCAGCAGCAACAGCAGCAACAGCAACAGCAGCAACAACAGGGACCCAAAACGACCACCUCCGUUGAGCAGGUGAAGGCCAUCAGCCAACCGCCUCAGCUCGCCCGUGAACAGGCACUCCCGCUUAAACCCUUCCAACCGUUCAAUCUGUUCCCGGUUCUACCACCGCUACUGCUCAGCCCGAACCAGUUCGAGCAGCAGCUGCCACCUCUGCAGCAACGUAACCGAGUGUUCCGUCAGGAACCGGGCACCGGUAACUUCGGUCUAAACGUUGGUCCUCCACAGCAGCAGCUACCCUUCCGUCCAUCGCAACCGCUCGCAUUCAAUGGGCAACCGACGGGAUCGCUGAGCGAUAGCCAGAACCUGCAGAAUCUUCUCUUCCAGUCUGGCAUUACCUCCCGUUCGGCGGAAGAUUUCAACAUCAUCACGAAGGUGCUCGCCCUGAACCAUGGCAUCCCGCAGGCAUCGUCCCAGCGCAUGUUCGCCAAGCUGAGCCCCGACCAGCAACGGCAACUGUUGUUCCGAAAGUGAGCAUCCUCACACACACCAACUCCACUCCAGGAAUCUCCCAGAAUAUCCCGCACCCCACCCUAUCCCCUGUCAUAGGCGUUAGCGAGAGCAAUUUAGCUAGGCAGUCCGGGCCCGGGUUGAGCACGUGGUGCUCGUAAGUUUGGUUAGCUAACCUCAUCUCUGCCAUAUUUAUUAUUGUCACAACUGCCGGUGCCGGAGCCCGUCUCGACGGCCGGCAGUUGUGUAUGUGUGUGUGUUUUUUUUCCUCAUAUCGUUCAUUUCGCUUCUUACGUAUCUUACCCGCUAUUGUUUCCACCGUUCGUCACCUAUCACAAUCUAGCUUUACAGAUGUCUCUGUAACCUUGAGCCUUCAACCGGGAAGGUUCAGUUUUCCCCCCGAUGUUUCCGCCAGCCUCCUCUAUCUCUCUAUACCUUCUUCACUUUCCUCUUCAUUCAUUCAUUCGCAAUGUAAGAAUAGUACGUACUGCGUCUUGGCGUUGGUAGCAAAUAUGAACCACCGUAAAGGAUGGUGGCGAUCAGAUUUGUGAAACUCCAUCGGCGCAUAACCCCUGGUGUGUGCGUUCUGUGGCGAAUGUCACGUGACAAGGCGUCCGGCGUCAGCAACGCAGAAACGCAGUCAGGUAUUGCUAAGGAGAUUAUUAAGUAGAUUACUUUAAUAUUGUAUUGCUCAUCGGUCGGUUCAAUCGAUCGGUAAUUCUCUCGAAAUAAAUGGUACUUUAAAUAAGAUG